GAAGAGGAAACCCCCCAUAAGGAAGAAGAAGAGUCGCUACUGCUUGGCUGAGCCUGAGCACAUCAGGUUGAGUCGCAAUUGUGUUAAGAUUUUCCUCUAGUGCACGCGCUCCAAUGGAAGGGGUCACUAUUGGGCGUAUACGUGCAUAAUACGGAAAUGUGGACAGUUAUUUUCCUGUUCGGAUGUCACUUCUAAAGGUACUGGCCCCUUUCCGUCCUUGAAGCAGAGAAAAUAAUUAAGAGAUGGGAAAGAUGACUACGCUCCACUUUUCAUCGUCUGCUACUUUAAGACUGUCAGAGAGAGACUGAAAGGAAAGGGAAGUGUAAUACAGGCAAGAGGGCGAGGCCAGGAGAAAACAUCGGAAGCUAUCAGCGUCUCUACGAAGCAGAGGGAAUGGCUUUCUUGGACAACCCGGCCAUUAUUCUGGCUCACAUCCGACAGUCUCAUGUGACAAGUGACGAUACGGGAAUGUGUGAGAUGGUACUAAUAGACCAGGAUGUAGAUCUGGAGAAGUGCCAGCUGGCUCUGGUGCCUGGCAGCAGCUGUGGGUCAACAGGGUCAGAUUCCCUGAUCGAGGGGGACGGCAGUUUGACUGACAAUCAUGCAUGCGACCUCUCCCAGUCCCUGGACAUCACCUCUAGCUGGGACUUUGGUGUCCGUCGACGGUCCAACACAGCGCAAAGACUUGAAAGGUUAAGGAAAGAACGGCAGAACCAAAUCAAAUGUAAAAACGUUCAGUGGAAGGAGAGGUCGAACUCUCAAUCAGCGGAGGAUCUGGGCUCCCUGUUUGAAAAACGGGACUUUAAGGACCGGCCAAAGACAACAGGUACCAAAUCCACGCUUUCACUGCGGCUGGAGCAGUGUCCCCAGCAGCUCAACAACCCCUUCAAUGAAUAUUCCAAAUUUGAUGGCAAGGGCCACAUUGGCACGACGGCCACAAAAAAGAUAGACGUCUACCUGUCGAUGCAGCUGGCUCAGGAGAAAGUACACCCAAUGAUGGUGGUGACCAUCGCCAACGCACGCGUCCACGACCUCAUCGGCCUCAUAUGUUGGCAGUACACAAGCGAGGGGCGAGAGCCCAAACUCAAUGACAACGUGAAUGCCUACUGUCUUCACAUUGCGGAGGACGAUGGGGAGGUGGACACGGACUUCCCCCCGCUGGACUCCAAUGAGCCCAUCCACAAGUUUGGUUUCAGCACCUUGGCCCUGGUGGAGAAAUAUUCCUCACCAGGCCUCGCUUCUAGACAGUCCCUGUUUGUCCGAAUAAAUGCUGCUCAUGGUUUCUCUUUAAUCCCCGUGGACAGUCUGAAGGUCACCAUGAAAGAAAUUCUGCAGAAAGCUCUGAAGAAGAGGAAGGGCUCCCAGAAAGGCUCAGGGCCCAUGUAUCGCCUGGAGAAGCAGACUGAGCCGAACGUCUCAGUGGACCUGGACUCGACACUGGAGAGCCAGAGCACUCUGGAGUUCUGCCUCGUCCGAGAAAACAGCUCCAGGGGCGAAGAGAGCUCAGAGGAAGACCCCCCCAUCGAUAUCACCACGGUGCAAGACAUGUUGAGCAGCCACCACUAUAAGUCCUUCAAGAUCAGCAUGAUCCACAAGCUGCGCUUCACCACGGAUGUCCAGCUAGGCGUUUCAGGAGAGAAGCUGGAGAUCGAUCCUGUCACCAAUCAGAAGGCCAGCACCAAGUUCUGGAUCCGACAGAAGCCCAUCUCUAUCGACUCGGACCACCUGUGUGCCUGCGACCUCGUAGAGGAGCGAAGCCCCAGCCAUGCAAUAUUUAAGCUCACUUAUCUCAGCAACCACGACUACAAGCCGCUCUACUUCGAGUCUGAUGCUGCUACUGUCAACGAAAUAGUGCUGAAGGUGAACUAUAUCCUCGAGUCCCGAGCCAGCACCUCUCGGGCCGACUACUUUGCCCAGAAGCAGCGCAAGCUGAGCCGGCGGACCAGCUUCAGCUUCCAGAAGGAGAAGAAGACUGGCCAGUAGACGGGCUGAAGCUGCUCAGAUGCCUGUCUGCCUGCACGUGCGGGGUCCGACUUGUUGACAGGGCCCGGCGGUCCCGUACCCGGACAGCAGCGGGCUGAACCGAAGCAGAGACUGACCGGAGAGUCGGGUCUGCUGGAGCACGGGGCCGGUGAAGGCCCCCUUAGGCUCCAUGGUGCAUAGAGAGCCCACGACCAAAAAACUCUUCUCUAAGCAUCCGUGGGACUGAGGUUUGGCUCCGGUUCAUUCACUGCCUCUGAACAUGAGCUCCGUCCUCCACGAGGGAUGUGUACAAUUCAACGAAAAAAGCCACAUGCUACAUUUUUGCUUCUGUUAAAUAGACUGUGCUUUUUCAUGUACUGUACAUAGAAAAUUCACAUUCAAGAAAAUGAAAUAAUGAUGUAACAGAAAUACAAUAGCCAAGUCUGGAUUAUUGCAAACAGGUCAACACCCUUCUGCCUUGAUUCCUUCUAAGGGCUAGCAUUUGUAUUGCCUCUUACUGGCUCUCAACAUGGCGACGGUUGAGCAGCUAACGGUGCUAACAGUGUAGACUAAGGCAUAGGGGUUGAUCUGAGGGGACCACCCUCACAUGCACUAAAAGGCACGUGGGGUGAGCAAAGCACAGAGACGCUCCGAUAUCGACACACGCAACAACUUCCUUUUCGGCUCAGGUAGACAUUAGCACGCUAUAUAUCUAUGUAUAUGUGUGUGUAUAUAUAUAUAUAUACAUAUAUCAUUUGUAAUUGUUUGCUGCUAAGUUAAUGCUUUUAAUAUCCAAUUUGUCAUUGUUGAUUUUUGUUUCUAAUGCAUUGUACUGAGAGGCAUUUACCCUCUGCCAUAGGUCUGGGAUGGACAAAUUAAUAGAAACACUUCUCCCUCUUUUAUGAAAUAUAGCCGUUAUCAAAUGAAUUCAUGCUUUAGCAUUGUGACGGAGCUGAGGCAAGGGAAGGAUGAGGUAGAGCCAACGGUCACCCAAACCAACACCGUCUGCCUAAAAGGUGCAGUGUGACGUUAUAAUGAUAAUGUAUGCAGUCAGCAGCACCCACAGCCUGUUGCACAAACACACCGACCAUUCAUUGUUUGUGUCAACAGCGUUCAUCCCGGACUGAACUGCUCACACUCAGGGAUCCCCUGAAGGAUGGCUGUGAUCAUCCUCUAGUUCUACGACAUGUUGAUGUGUCUAAGGGACUAAUGGAGCUGCGGGAAGUGGUCGCGUAACGCUAGGUCCACUAAAAGAGCUUGUUUUGACACUGACGGGCUCAGAUUGUUAUUACAAGUGACUGACAGCGUUCUGAAACGAGGCCUACAGAGAAAUAAAACCCUUUUUCUCCACUUUUCCCUUGA